AUGUCAGACAAACCAAAUAUCCCUGCUCCUAAUUCCUUGGUCAAAUAUGCAAGUGCCACUUUGGUUUCUACUUCUGGAAAGCCCAUCAAAGAUAAAAAGAAAGGAAGAGAUGCUGCUCCUUAGUCAAUUACUAAUGCAUAAACAGAAGAUAUAUUGAAUUCAAUUCUUCCUCCUAGAGAAUACACAAUGGAGAAAUAAUAAUUAUGGAUUCAAUGUGUUUCUUCCACUCCAGCGAAAAGAGAAGAUGUUAUUUUGCUUUAAGAAAAUUUAGAUAAAAAAUUGCAAUAAAGAUAAGCCAGAGAAACUGGUAUAUGUCCUAUUCGAGAGGAAUUAUAUGCUUAAUGUUUUGAUGAACUUAUAAGACAAAUUACAAUAAAUUGUGCUGAAAGGGGACUUCUCUUAGUUAGGGUCAGGGAUGAAAUUAGACAGACAAUUCAAGCUUAUUAAACUUUGUAUGAGAGUUCUAUUGCUUUUGGAAUGAGAAAAGCCUUACAAGCCGAACAAAGAAAAACUGAUUAUAACAAUAAAAUAAAGUAAUUAGAAACUGAAUGUCAAGAUUUAUCGAAACAGGUGGAGAAAAUAGAGAGCACUAUUGAAGAUAUGUAAAGACAAGAUUAAGAACAAUAAGAACAUGAAGAAGCUAAACAUAGAGAUCAAGUCAAUUUCUUAAAAAAUGCAAACAAAGUAUACAAAGAAGAAUUAGAGAAAUUCCUUACAGGUGCUAAUGUUAAAAAAUGAUUAAUAUAAUAUUAAAUAGUCGAUUUUAUAUUUUUAAUCUUUAAGAAA